UAGAACAGACAUCCUGAAUGUUGCAAUAUACUAUGGAGUAGUGGAAAUUAUAAGUAUAAGCCUCCAAUAUUUUCCUGAUCUGUUUUGGUUACCCGUAGCACGAGAACGGAAUCUGUUACAAGCUGCUAUAGAAAUGAGACAAGAAAAUGUUUUCAAUCUUCUUAAAGACAUGAACAUGAGUAGAUCAUUGGCUCUUCAAUCUGAUGGAUCCAAAAACACUAUCUUGCAUCUAGCAGCAAAGUUGGCACCUCCGAGACAACUAUCUUCUAUUUCUGGUUCGGUUCUACAAAUGCAGAGGGAGUUGCAGUGGUUUAAGGAAGUGGAGAAAUUAAUGCCUCCCAUGCUUAACAGGAACGCUCAAAACCACGAGAAGAGAACCGCAUGGGAAGUAUUCACCGAAGAACACAAGGAGCUAGUAAAGAAAGGAGAGGAAUGGAUGAAAGGAACAUCAAAUUCUUGCAUGGUUGUUGCAACUCUCAUUGCUACAGUUGCUUUUGCUGCUGCUUUUACUGUUCCGGGCGGCAACAAAGAGGAUACGGGGAUUCCAUUUUUUCUUUGGACAAACUCAUUUAUGGUGUUUGUGGUGUCUAAUUCAGGGGCUUUGUUUUUUUCUACCACAUCUUUGUUGAUGUUCUUGUCUAUCCUAACUGCUCGUUACGCGGAGGAAGAUUUCUUGAGGUCACUGCCGAAGAGGUUGAUAAUUGGUUUUGCCUCACUCUUUUUUGCCAUAGCUGCAAUGAUGGUCGCUUUCUGUGCAACUCUGUCGAUAGUACUUAGUGAGAGACUAAAAUGGAUCUCAAUUCCCAUUGCUUUGCUAGCGUCUUUCCCAGUUUCAAUGUUUGCAUUGCUGCAACUUCCGUUGUUCGUUCAGAUGCUUCAAUCAACAUAUGGAUCCACCACUUUUCGCCCUCAAAAACUUUGGUAAACAACUGCACAACGAUCCAUUAUUUUUGCAUAAUUCGUUCUUCUCUUUUAACUCUUUCCCUUUGAUCGCUAAAAUAGUUUAAUUUUCUCUUAUUUAGUGUAUCACUUAACAAUGACACCAAUUUUACCUCUCAAUUUGACGGGUGUGUUUGUGUGUAUGUAUACAUAUAUAUAUAUAUAUAUAUAUU